AUGGGAGCGCUGUUCAAGUCCGACGAUCAUGAAUACUAUUAUUACAGAAUAGUGAACAAAAUACACACGUAUUAUAUACCCCAACUGGCUUAAUCUAAAUGUUGUGCACAGGCGGUCAUUAUUACCGGUAUAAUAGUCAUAAUUUAUUUGGUGUCAUUGCAAUGGCAUACUCCAUGGGUUUUUUCUUCCAAUUUUUUUGUGUAAUACUACCCACACAUUGUAAAGUACCUUCCUGAAGCGAACCUUGUGUCAUAUUACCUUGCCUUAUGGUGGCGAUUUGGCUACACAGCAAUAUAAAACUGCAAGGGCUAAAACGGUAAAACGUUCAUGCUUGUCGAACUAUUCCAAUUCGCCCCACUUCAAGUACGCUAAUGAAAAAUACAAAAAGUGCGCAGUUUUUAGCACUAAGGGCCCUACAACUUCUUGUUAAUCGAUGAUUUAAAAUACAUUGUAAUGCGCUCUAAGUUGUGUGCCGCGACUGCCCUUCAUGAUGUUAAGCAUGGCUGUCAGACUACAGAAUAGCAAAUCAACUAAUGAAAUCACACAAGUGCGAGGUCGGGGCUUGAAAUGAGCAAAGAUGACUUUGAAAAAAAAAUUAAUAAGAUGACAUCGUUGAAGGGCAAAAUGAAAGCUUAAACAUUUGCAAAAUUAUGUUGGUUUGGGGGGUAACUUUAAGGUGGUUUUUCGUCUAAAAGUUACAUAUAGGCCUACGCCUAUAUAUUUAUUAUAUGUCCUCUCCAAUUGAUUGCUUUUUGUAAAUUGGUUUCUAUUUCAUAUUGUUUACUUUUGAUUUGAAGAAACGUUUCGUUAUCACGCACUCGAGUAAUUAAAUUGAAACAAAAAUGUAACGGUAACAGCUGUUGCUGUUGGUAGUGUAACCAUGUGCCAUUGCUGCGGCGGUGGAUACAUUGAUAUUGAUCUCAUUCCGCUUACUAUUGCCUGGUGCAUGCUGGUGUCUUAAAAAUAAUAAUCCCAUGUGUGAUAUAUUAAUUGAUGACUAUUUUAUAGGCGUGUACAUUGGCAUAUAGUUGUCAUUCGAGCACAGCUAGUGCUGUUUGCACCCUAAUUGUGCUCGUGUUUCUGAUCAAAUCUAUACCUGGAGGGUGUGAUAUUGACAGUGAUUUUCAUCACCCGUUAAAUAAUGGCGCGUAACAUCAGGGGCGUUUUUAUCACGUUGCUAGCCUUUGCCAGUGGGAGUUUCUUCACGUGGACGCUAACGUUGUACUCAAUUCCGGAGAGUCGGUCCCAAAAGCUAGCAAAAAUAUUCGACAUGGAACAUCAAGCACUCAUCUCAUCAGAUGCAUCUCAGAAAAUCCAAACAACGACACAGCAUGGUCCAUCUUCAAGGCGGGAACAUGAAGCGACCAAACACUCAACAAAUGCAAGUAUUCGUAAUUUGGCUUAUCUUGUCAAAGCAUCCAAUCCAGUCAGAAUUCUCUGUUGGGUCAUGACGUCACCCAAAACUCUGCACACCAGAGCCAGUAGCGUGCGAGAUACCUGGGGUCCACGUUGUGACGUCACGCUAUACAUGAGCUCUCAAUCGGAUCCGGAUUUCCCCGCGGUUGGCCUUGAUGUAGCCGAGGGUCGAGACGCCCUCUGGAGCAAGACCAAGGCUUCAUUCUUGUACAUCUACCAACACCAUUUCAACGACGCUGAUUGGUUCAUGAAGGCUGAUGACGACACUUACGUCAUCGUGGACAACCUCAGGCACUUUCUACGGGACAAGGACAGCUGCGCGCCAGUCUAUUAUGGACAUCACUUCCAGUGGUACAUCGAACAGGGGUACAUGAGUGGUGGAGCUGGCUAUUUGAUGAGCAAAGAAGCUUUAGUGAGACUUGUAGGUCAGCUACGGAUGGAAGACAACUGUGGAGCACCUAAGCCAAUGACCCUGGCUGAGGAUUUAACUGUAGGGCAGUGUAUGAUGAAAGCAGGUGUAUUGGCAGGAGAUUCUAGGGAUGAGCUGAACAGAAGUCGAUUCCUGCCAUUCGACCUGGAAACGUUCUUCAAGAACAACCUUCCCGAUUGGUACUUUAAAUUUGCUAAAUACCGAGUGGCAAAGGGGCUUGGCUGCUGUUCUGAUAGUCUCAUUACUAUUCAUUACGUCAAGGAUCGAAUGUCAAUGAUGCUGUUGGACUUCUACAUACACGGAAUACAAGUCAAGACCUCAGGAUGACCUGAUUAUUUAAACUGAUCGAGACACGUAUAUAUUAAUUAUAAUAAUUGUCAAGUAUCCAACUUAUAACGAGUAUAAUACGGAAAAGUAAACAACAGUGGUG